AGCUUCACAAUGUCCGAGCUUUUUAUGGAAUGUGAGGAAGAGGAGCUGGAGCCAUGGCAGAGACAGACACCAGAAGUUAAUUUGUUGGACGACGGUAAUCAUGAUGACGACGACGAUGAACCUAUAUUUGUUGGGGAGCUUAGUACUUCAAAGGGCACCAUUAACACCAGAUCAAGUAUGUUUUCUUCUCUUGGUUAAUAUUACGUCUCCCACACUGUUGGCUGUUUUCUCUCGUUUGGAUAGUUUGCAUACACAAGAGAUUCUUCCAUUGGAGGCUUUCCCCUUAGUUGCUCUACAAAGUUGGUAAAUAUGGUUAUCAAUAUAUAUUUUAUUGCUUUGAUAAUUAACCACUCUUGUUUAUGUACAUGUCCUGUCUUUGAAGCGAACAACCAAAGAAAUGUCAAGACCACCCCAGUUCAGAGUGGUGGAGUUGGAAGACCAGCAGCCCCUAGGAUGACAAUGACACAACACUCCCCCCAAGCUCAUCUCACUAACGUUAGGGGUCCAGUUCCCCAGAACAUCAUAAUUCCUGGGAAAGGGUUGAACAAUGCACCUCGAACCUUAACAGCAGUACCUCCACAGCCCAUCAUUAUCAACAACCAGGUAUAUUGUUUUGCUUUAGCUAUAUCCCUUAUUUCUCUUUGCUAUACAUUGCAAAGAACACACAUUACAUUUUAGUCAUUUAGCAGACACUCUUAUCCAGAGCACCUGUUUAGUUAUAGUGAUGUUACUUUUGGCUGUAAUGGUGUUGGAGCGAUGUUUUAAAAAAAACUGUUUGCCUUUUUUCUUAGGGUUACAUUAUGACCUCACCACAGUUAUCGGCCAACUCAGCUUUCCUCGCUUCCCUUGGGAAACAGUAUCCCCCUGGGACAUCUUUCACUGUGGUUCCAGGUAAAAAUAGAAAUAUUACGUCGUAACUUGAUACCAGGCAAGCAACAAACCGAAACAUAAGACACAUUUUUAUAUUUCAGAGCAGACAUAUAAUUGGAAAUUCAUUUAGUGAAUCUAUGCUCUCAAGUAAACGAAUGGAUUCCCUAUACAGCUACAGCGCACACAUACUGCUGUUUUCCAUGUUUCAUAUUUGUGAUGUGUGUUUUUUUCAGCAGGCCAGCAGCACAUUCUGCAGCAGAUGACUCCAGCAGCAGGCCAGCAGCACAUUCUACAGCAGGUGACUCCAGGGAAGCCUUUACCUGGGGUUAUCCACAGGCCUCAAGUGCACAUGAUACACAACAACGUAGUGACCUUGUCCAAUGUGCAGGGCCCCGCUGCAUUGUCUUCCCAGCCCAACCGCUCAAAUUCUACCAACCUCCAGAUUGUGUCCCCAGUUAUUCAAGCCAAAGGCAACAGCUGGGGUAAGCCAAAAUAUCUUACUUGUUUGGCCCAGAGAUAUUCCUGGCCAGGUCACGUGGUCAGGAAAACUCCUGGCCGUCUGUGUGGCCUCAUGAUCUGAAGAUUGCAUGUGACUUGUGAUAAUAAGUAUGAAUCUAUUUUCUCCCCUCUAACAGACUAUGGCAAACGAGGUUUACCUCAAGACCAAAAACAGCACAGCUAAAAAAGCAAAGAAUGAUAUAGGUAGGGGUUUCCUUACAUCAGUUGCAUGUUGUGUUAUUAGCUAGAUUCAUUAGCACUGUUACUUUGUUAUUUUUAAAGCUGAAAUUUAGUUUUUUUUCUUCCGUUUUUGCAGGAUCUCCCCACGCCCAGGAGAUAUUAGAAAAUGGGGCACGUUUUUGUAAAAAAUGUCCAAAGUGUAAAUUUGAUUUCUACCAACAAGUUGUCAUGAAAGAUCACAUGGGGGUGAGUUUACUUCAGUCAUUCAAAAAUUCAUGCCUUUAGCUGUGCCAAUUGUUUUACAUAAAUAUUCUAUAACGUUACUAUUCAGGGCUUGACAUUACUUUUUUUUUGCCAAUUUGUCCUUCGGACAAGUAGGACAGAUUUGUUUUUUAUUUUUUUACUUGUCCAAAAGCUCAAGUCACUUGUCCAAAAAAAAGGCUAACACCAUUUUUACACCAUUGUAUGAUGCAAGGAACCACUUUGCAAAAUAUAUAUAUAUAUAUUUUUUAAAACAAUUUUAAGAAAUCUGAUUAAAAUGUAGCUAGGCUACACUCUGCCUAUUGUCUUCUUUGCAUAUUCAUGCCUGUCUCAAAAUACAACACUGCCCCUUUAAGGCUCUCCUGGAGGAUAGUUGGCCACCCUUGGUAGCCUAUAAAAUAUUGCAACAUUACAAAUACAACCAAAUACUUUUUGUCUUUAUAUAUUAAAGGGCGUCCCGUCGUCCCUGGGACGAUAAAACAUGUAUACUGUUCAAAACAGACUCUGGGACAGUUCUGAGAUCUAAAGAUGUAUAAACUGGCAUGGUUUACUAAUAUGACUAAUAUUAUGCCUUGGCUGUUGGACAGUUAAAUUAUUGUUGAGUUUUGAAAACCAAUAGAACAUGAGAAAAUUGCUGGUUUCAAUGGCAAUUUAAGUGUUCAUAAAAUAAUUCCCUUUUCUAUGGUCAUAUUUUGCUUAGGCUAGACUACUUUGAAACAUGGUAAGACAUGCUUAACUGUUUAAAACCUGGACAUGAAAUUCCAGUUUAAAACACUUUUACAUUAAUUUUACAUUUAGUUUAGCAGACGCUUAUCCGAGCGACUUACAGGAGCAAUUUGGUAAGUGCCUUGCUCAAGGAAUCGACAGAUUUUCACCUAGUCGGCUCUGGGUUGAACCAGCGACCUUUCGGUUACUGGCACAACGCUCUUACCCACUAAGCUACCUGCCGCCCGUAUUAAAUCGUUUCAAAAUGUUGACCGCCUUCGCUCAGAUUCAAGGUGGGUGAUGUGCGGUGUGCAACAGGCACUGUCCUUCACUCUCCGGUCUUGUGACCAUUUGAUCUGAACGAAGCGUGCCUUGAGUAUGUCGACAGAAUCAAGCCUUUAGACGUUAAUGUUAAUUAUCCUUCAUUAUAUUUGUCAAAAAUGACUGGCGUUUAGCCUAUUUAUGUAAUUAAAAUUCUCAUUGAUGUUUGGCUACAUUUUCUGCCGCCUCACUCAUGUCAGCAACAGUUUGGACAUGAGGCUGUUGCCAAUAUGCAUAUCACUUUAUUUAUGAACUUGAAUAAUAGAUUUAAAUAUUAUUUCAGUGUUGGCUUCUAAGAUCCAAUUCUGAUGGGAGUAAUUGUUUGAUAUUUUUAGUUAUUUUGUAAAAAAAAAAAAAUUACUUGUCCAUUAGGACAACUUACAUCUAUAUUCUUCUUGUCCAAAUAUUUGUGUUACUUGUCCCGGACAAGCGUUAAUGUUGAGCCUUGCUAUUAGUGCAUGUAUGAACCAGAGCCUAAUAUAGAGGCACUUUAUGCACUACAAUAUCAACUCUGCAGGUUGUAAUUUGUCAGCCUAUUUUAAUUUAAAUUACUUUAAUUCCAGAAAUGUUGUCCUCACCUGUUGGAGUGUGUCUUCCCCUCAACCCCGAAGUCUACUUACCUUUUUGCAAGCAAGCGCAUCAUGCUUGUCACAGACUUCUACUAUGGUAGAUUUGAGGGAGACAAACCGAAAUCGCAGCAGCAGAAGACCCCAUUUACCUAUAAGUGCCAGAGCUGUUUGAAAGUACUCAAGAACAACGUCAGGUAACUACAGCAGGCUUUGCUUGCUAUGCAGCUCUGCUUUUGUUGUUUUCUAUAAGCCACUGUAUUCCUGAAUAAUACUAUUAUUUGUGGUGAAAGAAGGGUGUCAAGUGUGUACUGCACAAAAUGUGUUAGUUUAAACAGAAGGUCAUUUUCUAAUCUAAAGAACUCAUCUAUAUCCUAUUUGUCCAGUGGCAUAACGAAAACAAUACAUUUUGCAUUUCACGUGUUUACAUAAUGCACACACAACACAAUUACUGCCACCAAUAAGCAGAUUGGUGGACAUAUCUUCUAUAUUUAUAUGAACGGCUCAAUGUUAUUGGUAAUGGAUGGAUACAUCAACCAGCCUUUCGUCAAUACGUCACCCCAAGUGGAAAUGGUGUUCAUGAACAAGUGUUAAAUGAGCCCUCUGCCCAUGGAGAGUGAUUAACUUUGAUGUGAAGAGGCAAUCCAACAUGUUUCAGCCCUCAUCACAGUUUUCUCUCCCCAGAUGGAUGACAUUAUCAACCCAUAUUCCCACUUGGGGCCAGAGAUGAAUAAUGGCUGCUAGUUUGGAUGGUGUAAGAACUGCUCCUUUGAUUAAAUAACUUUGCUUCAGAACGUUGCAAGAAAAGCCUUUGUAAGCUUCUUUUAAUGGGCAGACGCGUUUGUACUGAACCCUGUCUGGCAGCAGAGGUCAUAGUUUGUCUGCAUAAAAAUCCCUAGCUGAGGUAACAGACUGCUGGCUGAAAAAUGGGCCUUGCCUGCCUUGUCAGGGCAGCGGUUGCAUGUAGAGGUAGUGCGGCUGCUGCAGCCGUGGAGCACCACAUCAUUAAGCAAAACAAAAAGUUGUGUGGAAUUGGCGGUAUUAUAAUGGCCAUUAUGCAUGCUUAGGAAGCGAGGUGCAAGAAGUGGUUGCUAAUGUAUCUUUUUUUAAACCAUUGGGAUCCGAAGCGCAGGUUUGGUGUUGCACAUAGGCCACGAUCUGUUGAAGUGUUAUUGAAUACGGCUUCACUGUAAUUUGGCUCAAUACAUUAAGUUCGUUUUUCCAAAUGGGGGUUAAAGCAGAAGUAGGGUAGUUAGUUAGUUAUUUAUGCAUGUAUGCAUAUAUUUCUUUAAUUAUUUACAGAAACGUUUGACUAAAAAGCUAAUUAGUUUUUUUACAUUAACAUAACAUUUUUAAUGAAAUGUGCUUUGGUGGACUGGAUUGUAGUUACACAUUUUUCUCUUGUUUUUAAUAGGUUGUUUAAAAAUAACAUCACAGUUUACCAACAAAAAAAGGCAAAAGAAAUUGAAAAGAUAAACGGCAAAGCUCACACCUAUUUUCGUUGCUUUGGCAUUUGUGGUUUCUGAUGCUACAUUGCUAUUGAUGUCUUAUCUUGCACUUUGCGGUGACUCUUGUAGGUUCAUGAACCACAUGAAGCACCACCUGGAGCUGGAGAAGCAGAACAGUGAGAGCUGGGAAAGCCACACUACCUGCCAACACUGCUACCGGCAGUACUCAACCCCGUUCCAGCUGCAGUGCCACGUCGAGAGCGCCCACAGCAUGGUCGAAUCUUCAAGUAGGCAUACCAGUCAAUAGCAACCAACAUGAAACUUCAAUGUUCCACCUUAACGUAUUGAACACUGUCUCAAGCGAUCAAACAUUAUUGUACAUAACUUUACGUGUAUAUAUAACUACACUACCAGUUAAAAGUUUUAGAACACCUACUCAUUCAAGGGUUUUUCUUUAUUUUUACUAUUUUCUACAUUGUAGAAUAAUAGUGAAGACAUCAAAAGUAUGAAAUACCACACAUGGAAUCAUGUAGGAACCAAAAACGUGGUAAACAAAUGCCAAGAGUGUGCAAAGCUGUCAUCAAGGCAAAGGGUGGCUAUUUGAAGAAUCUCAAAUAUAACGUGUAUUUUGAUUUGUUUAACACUUUUUUGUUUACUACAUGAUUCCAUAUGUGUCAUUUCAUAGUUUUGAUGUCUUCACUAUUAUUCUACAAUAUAGAAAAUAGUAAAAAUAAAGAAAACCCUUGAAUGAGUAGGUGUUUUAAAACUUUUGACCGGUAGUGUAUAAUCAACCUGUCUUUAACAAGUUGGGCCCAUUUUAGUAAUUUGUUCUUGUUUGUUUUGUAGCCAAUUGCAAGAUAUGUGAAUUAGCCUUUGAGUCUGAGCAAGUGCUCCUGGAACACAUGAAGGAUAAUCACAAGCCUGGGGAGAUGCCUUAUGUCUGCCAGGUACAUUUUGUUUAUUGUACAUGUUUUUAUAUUAGUCUGUGUUCACAAAGAAAAGUUAUUCAAAGUUGAUAGUAGAGAUGCCCUGGCACUACAAUCAGGAAUUGCAACAUUUAAUUCAAGUUAUUGAAGAGAUUUGAGUUGUACUCCUGACCCUUACUUUUAUUAUUCACACUAAUACUUGAAUUGUCUCCUUGCAGGUCUGCAACUACAGGUCUUCAUUCUUUACCGAUGUGGACACACACUUCCGUACGGUGCAUGAAAACACAAAGGAUCUCCUUUGUCCUUUCUGCCUUAAAGUUCUUAAAAGUGGUCAUGUCUACAUGCAGCACUAUAUGAAGCAUCAGGUAAGAGGCGGAAUUAUAUUGGAAACGUUUCUAUUGUUAAAUAUGUGCAACAAUCCAUGAUCCAUAAUUAUGUUGAUUGGGUCAUUUUUAAUUGAUUGGGCUCAUGUUCUGACUGACCUGGCACACAUUGUAUUUUCAUGUCAUUUUCCUGAUGGUUCAACCUCUUAAUAAAGCAGUGAAUGCUGCAAAUCGUUUUCUCUGAGUUUGAGUUUUAAAGCUAGCUGGCUGAUUUCAAUUCAGCAAAAAAUUGAACACGCUUGUGAGUUGCCCUACUGGCUUUCAUUCUGAGGUUGGAUUGAUUUGGUUGUCUGCUGAACACCUUGCUGUAAUACAUAACUGUCUUACAGUAAUGUCUGCUUCCUUUCACCCUGCCUACCGGGCGCUCUCUGGCAAAAACUAACCAGAUCAACUGCACAAAUCACUGUAUGUAGCCAUAGAACAAAGCCAACAGAAAUGUUAGUCCAAUACCAAGCCAGCCAAUGGUGUAAGAAUAGAAAGGGACUCAAUGACCCCGUUAGCUGUGCCAACCAACAAAACACAGAAAUGACCCAUUGUCCUGAAAUCAUACGCUUUACUAAGGAUAGCUGAACCUAUUAUUUACCUAUAUGCAGUCUCUUGUUGUCUUGACUCGUGCUUUUCUAUUGUACUCGUUUUGUCAAUUCACCAGAAAAAAGGAAUCAAUCGUUGUGGGAAAUGCAGGCUGAAUUUCCUCACCUACAAGGAGAGAGUGGAUCACAAGACUCAGCACCAUAAGACUUUCCAAAAACCCAAAGCUCUGGAGGGCCUUCCUCCUGGAACCAAGGUUUGCUCUUCUUAUUUAGUCUAGGCCUACAUCUCAAUACCACUGUGCCAAUUAUCUACAAUAUAGAAAAUCAAAAGCAACUGCAAUAAACCCUCCAUUUAAAAGCAAGUUCUAAUACAAAUGUUUAAAUAACGGCAUGAAUUCAGAGAAUCGUACGUUUAUGAUCUGUUUUUUUAAAUACAUAUUUCAGGUGACUAUCCGGGCCUCUCUGACCGGGCCAUCACCCAGUUCCGCCCGUGCUGCUGACAAAUCCAGUGUCAGUGUCAUACCAGAGGUCUCAGGCAAAAAGGCAGCCAAUGUAAAAGCUCAGAGCAGUACAUCUGCCACACAGGGCAGCAGUGGGGGGAAAGGCAAGGCCACAGUGAGCAAGAAGCUCCUCAAGCAGCAGAAGAACAACCAUGUGUUGCAGAGUCUCCGGUCAGUCCAUCACUCAGUCAAUUUGUUUGUUUCCACAUGAUGCAAACUACAUAUUUCUACAUAUUACAGGAACUAAACUAUGGUCAGGGCUGAUUUGUUAAUUUAUUGUUUUUUAUAUAUAAUUUUUUUCCCCAUGGUUGGUUAUGAACAGGGCUCUAAAUUCAAAUGUUUCAUUGGUAGCACUGGUGAUCUCAACUUAAAGUUAGGAGAUAAUGAGGUUACAUGACUGAACAACAUGUAAACAAAUGCCUGCGAGUGGUUUUGGAACAGCCUGUGAAAUGGUUCAUAAAUGUAUAACCAAUUCGCAAUAGGAUAUUGCGCAGGUAAUAUGGGUCAUAUAUUUUUACCAGUUUGUGCUAGAAACAAUACGUUUUCGCUGUAGUGAUGGUGUAACCAUGACAGUAAUGAAUCUGUGCUCGCUUUUAUGUUUAGGGCACUCGAAAACAAUGGUACAGCGAAGCCUAAUCAUUACAACAAUUAUUAUCUGGGAAAUUUGUUUUCAUAGUCGCACAGUGCUCCCAAAAUAAAAUGUCAGGUCGCACAGCAAAAUAUUUAGGAGCAUAUGCGACCAAAAUAGUCGCACUUCAGAGCCCUGGGCCCAGAUUCACAAAACCUUCUUAAGAAGAAAUGUCUGCUUAACUGACAUUUUUUCCUUAACUAUAGACUUAAGAAAGUUAAGCAAAGUUGCUAUUCCUCAUGAAGGUUCUUGGCAAUGUUCUUGCGCUAUUUCUUAUGUUUCUCCUUAAGAAAAAAGUUUUUGAUUCUUGAAAAUAAAGUUAUUGGAAAUGUUCUUAAUUCCAAGAUAGCUAAACCCUAAUUAAUGCAAUUGAACAUGUUUAAUUCACUCACAAACUUCAUCUGAUAGCUAGCUAAAACGGUUGCCUAGCAACACAUCUUCAGAAGAUUUCUAAGAGUUAUUUGAGAUUUGUAAGAAAAUCAUUAAAUCUUAAGAUAUUAAUUUAUUUUUCUUCUUAAGAAGCUUCUGAAGUUUUUCCGUAAAGUGGUUUGUGAAUCUGGGCCCUGGUUAUCAAUAGAUUACACCAAUCAAGUAACUUGUAUGUUUAAUAAUGCACCUCGGAAGUAAUAGUACUUUAAAUAUAAAGGAUGUAAUGAUGCUCUAAUUUAGUUUUCUCUACCUUUUUAGUAUUGGCGAAAGACGACACACCUGCAUUGAGUGCUACUCAGAGAUUGAUGACUUCUAUAGUCACUAUCCUAUGGUUGCAAUUUGUGGUGCAUGCAAGUAUCGGACAAGUUGCAAAACAUCAUUUGGAAACCAUAUGAUAAGGUAAAAGCUCCUUGAGUAUCAGAUUCAUAACAUAUAUAUAUUUACACACACACACUGUGUACAAAACUUUAGGAACACCCCUACAAGGUGUCAAACGAUCCACAGGGACUCCAAUGCUUCCCACAGUUGUGUGAAGUUGGCUGGAUGUCCUUUGGGUGGUGGACCAUUCUUGAUACACACGGGAAACUGAGCGUGAAAAACCCAGCAGCAUGCAGUUCUUGACACACUCAAACUGGUGCGCCUGGCACCUACUACCAUACCCCGUUCAAAGGCACUUAAAUCUUUUGUCUUGCCCGUUCACCCUCUGAAUGGCACACAUACACAAUCCAUGUCUCAAUUGUCUCAAGCUUAAAAGUCAUUCUUUAACCCAUCUCCUCCCCUUCAUCUACACUGUUUGAAGUGGAUUUAACAAGUGACAUCAAUAAGGGAUCAUAGCUUUCACCUGGAUUUACAUGGUCAGUCUGUCAUGGAAAGAGCAGGUGUUCCUAAUGUUUUGUACACAGUGUAUAUGCACAUUUUUACAAUUUAGUCAUUUAGCAGACGGUCUUAUCCAGAGCGACUUAAAGGAGCAAUUAGGGGUACGUGCCUUGCUCGAGCACAUCGGCAGAUGUUUCCACCUAGUCGGCUCAGGGAAGAUGUUUUAUUGUUCAUAUUAAAUGUAUUAAAAAAUAUAUUUGUCAGGUUCCAUAGUGCCAUCUCAAAAGAGCGAUUCCGGAAAAUGAGGAAAAUCCCAGUUGUCCUAAGGUAGGUGUCCCUAACUAAACAAAUAUGGUCUCAAAUCAAGUAUUUAAUGUUGCCAUUGUUCUGCACUGUAGUUUUUGGUAAUGACUUAUGUUAUGUAGUGUUGCAUUUUCACCAAACAUGGAUCAUAAUUAAGGACCAUGCAAGUUUAUUCUAUUCCAUUAGGUUCAUUCUGAAUCAAAUUUUACCUACGGUCUUGCAGGAAUCUAACCCUUGUCUGUCUGAACUGUGACUUCCUGGCGGAUGCGCAUGGAACUGACCUCAUGAGCAAGCAUUUGAUUGACAGACCCCACCACGUCUGUAAGGUCAUACUAGAGAAAGGUAUGAGGUUUAUCGCAUUCUUCACAACCAGAUGCUUGGGCGCCGCAUUUUGUUUAUAUAAUAAUAAAACCUGUCUGCAUGUCACGUUUUUCUUCUCUUGCAGGAGAAGGUGGUGCUGUAGAUGAUGGCAUUAGAGGGUGAGUAGCUACCCUCCCAAUGCAGCAGACAACGAGAACAUCCUAAAAGUAACACGUCUCAUAGUGUUGUAAUGAGAAUCUCAGAAUUUGAUAAAGUACUUGUGAGACUUCCAACUCCCUGACCUAUGAGGUGUUUGGAACCAUCCAUUAUUUAGAGAAAUCUUUACCAUAUACUUUUUACAUUAAGCUAAUUGGGAUGCAUAUUAAGUGGAUUUUUUUAAAAGACCUUGGCAAAUGCAAAUGGAAGCUUUGGCCUUAAUAACCAGAGAACAUUGCUUAAUUAAUGUGUGCCAAAAGUAAAGGUCGUUUUGAGUCAUUGGGAAGUUGCUGAAAUGAAGGGUCAUUGUAGAAUCUCUUUUGCAAGAAUACCCUCAUGUCUUAAUUUUUGUAUUCCUUUGAGAAGCCAAACACACUAAUAAUACACAUGAGAUCCCAAGUUCAUAUGUAAUCAUUUCAUAAAUGUUGUUCCUCCUGAGAUUUUAAUAUGCACAAUUCAAUGCUAAUUGAUAUUUGUGCUAAAUGUCUGUUCUGUUUGAAGAAUGAUUGUCUGGACAAGGACAUUGGUCCUUUUGCUUCAUGAUUUAAUAUAACUUUGUUUAAAAUUUAAAAAAUAUACUAUUUGGAUACUAAUGCUGUGCUGAUAAGCCAGCCUUAAUUAUGCUCUGAAAAUGAAUGUUAAAUUAAGUUUCAUUACCAUAUUCUAAUGCUAUUGGAGAAUUUGUCUACAUGCCACGUCAACAAGUAGUUGUAUUAAUGGUUUUAUUAAAAGGGCUCUACGUUUGAUGGAUUUGUUGUGAUUUUCGGUCUUUUGUUCUGUUCUUUCAGAAAUAAGCAAGGGAUGUCUGCUGUGAUGUUCACUGAUAUCCAGGUAUACUACUCUAGCCUGAUUGUACCUGAGGAAAACACGACAUACAGUGCCUUCGGGAAAGUAUUCAGACCCCUUGACUUUUUCCACAUUUUGUUACGUUACAGCCUUAUUCUAAAAUGGAUUGAAUUCAAAUGUCACACAAUACACACAAUACCCUAUAAUGACAAAACGAAAACAGGUUUUUAGAAAUGUUAGCAAAUGUAUUAAAAAUAAAAACGGAUACCUUAUUUACAUAAGUAUUCAGAUCUUUUGCGAUGAGACUUGAAAUUGAGCUCAGGUGCAUCCUGUUUCCAUUGAUCAUCCUUGAGAUGUUUCUACAACUUGAUUGGAGUCCACCUGUGGUCAAUUUCAGUUGAUUGGACAUGAUUUGGAAAGGCACACACCUGUCUAUAUAAGGUCCCACAGUUGACAGUGCAUGUCAGAGCAAAAACUAAGCCAUGAGGUUGAAGGAAUUGUCCGUAGAGCUCCAAGACAGGAUUGUGUCAAGGCACAGAUCUGGGGAAGGGUACCAAAACAUUUCUGCAGCAUUGAAGGUCCCUAAGAACACAGUGGCCUCCAUUAUUCUUAAAUGGAAGAUGUUUGGAACCAACCAGACUCUUCCUAGAGCUGGCCGCCCAGCCAAACUGAGCAAUCGGGGGAGAAGGGCCUUGGUCAGGGAGGGGACCAAGAACCGAAUGGUCACUGACAGAGCUCAAGAGUUCCUCUGUGGAGAUGGGAGAACCUUCCAGAAGGACAACCAUCUCUACAGCACUCCACUAAUCAGGCCUUUAUGGUAGAAUGGCCAGACGGAAGCCACUCCUCAGUAAAGGCACAUGACAGCCCGGUUGGAGUUUGCCAAAAGACUCUCAGACCAUGAGAAACACACUUUCUCUGGUCUGAUGAAACCAAGAUUGAACUCCUUUGGCCUGAAUGCCAAGCAUCACAUCUGGAGGAAACCUGGCACCAUCCCUGCGGUGAAGCAUGGUGGCAUCAUCAUGCUGUGGGAAUGUUUAUCAGUGGCAGGGACUGGGAGACUAGUCAGGAUCGAGGGAAAGAUGAACGGAGCAAUGUACAGAGAGAUCCUUGAUGAAAACCUGCUCCAGAGCACUAAGGACCUCAGACUGGGGCGAACAUACACCUUCCAACAGGACAACCACCCUAAGCACACAGCCAAGACAACAGAGGAGUGGCUUCGGGACAAGUCUCUGAAUGGCCCAGCCAGAGCCCGGACUUGAAACCGAUCUAACAUCUCUGGAAAGACCUGAAAAUAGCUAUGCAGCGACGCUCCCCAUCCAACUUGACAGAGCUUGAGAAGAAUGGGAGAAACUCUCCAAAUACAGGUGUGACAUGCUUGUAGCGUCAUACGCAAGAAGACUCAAAGCUGUAAUCGCUGCCAAAGGUGCUUCAACAAAGUACUGAGUAAAGGGUCUGGAUACUUAUGUAAAUGUGAUAUUUCCUGUUUUUUUAUAAUGUGUGUGUGUGCAACAUUUUCUAAACCUGUUUUUGCUUUGUCAUUAUGGGGUAUUGUGUGUACAUUGAGGGGGGGGGAAAAACUAUUUAAUCAAUUUUAGAAUAAGGCUAUAACGUAACAAAAUGUGGAAAAGGUCAAGGGGUCUGAAUACUUUCCGAAGGCACUGUAUGUUUGAUUUUGAACUGUUUGCUCAACUCAGCACCUUUUUUUUAUUACUCUUUUUUUUUACAUAGAAUGUUGAAACUGCCACUGUGAGUGGAGCUUUUGACCAAUUCCACAGGUAAUUAUGGGAUGUUCCAUACAAAAUAGAACCUAAAAAUAUGUUUUCCCUCUUGGAUGGAGUCGAUUUAGAUUUGAUUUGGUAUGUUUUUUCUUCUUCUUCUCCCUUUUAAUUCACAGCGUUCCUAGAUUGGAGGAGACCUCCGAUGUCUUGUGUAUCACCCCAGUUGCUGAAAGGGAGGAUGGGCCAGAGGUAAUGCAUGUUCAGACCCAAGAGUCAGGAAGAGGUGACGUUAUUCGACUAGACAACGAUGAUGCAACCGUUAACCAGCUAGGAGAGGCAGAAGUGCAAGAGCUUCCACAGAUAUCUACAGUGGAUCAGAGCCAGGGAGUCACACAGGCUACAGAGCUAGAAACACCCAUGGAACGUUCAGUCGAGGAAGACCAGUCUUUGCAGUCAGCGCCCAUGGAUAGAGAAACAACCAUAGGAAGCUCAGUCGAAGGGGAGUGGAGAGAGGAGCGGUCUUUGCAGUCAGGCCCCAUGGAAAGCUCAGUCGAGGGGGAGCUGAGGGAGGAGCGGUCUUUGCAGUCAGUGACCAGGUCCCCCUCUAGUUCUGUGGCCUGUGAGUUAGAUGGGGAGGCAGCGCGUUUGCAUGAGUCAUUAAGCAAACCGGAAUCUGUGAGCUGUGACGACAGUGAGCAGGUCCGCGUUUCCCUGGAGACCAUCCCCUUAAAGGUUGUAGACCAAGAGGUGAAAUAUAUCGUGGCAGCAAAGGACAUCUCCUCGUCCUCUCAAAGUCCAGCUGAAGGUCCACAUCAGAGGGCAGACGACAACGACAUUCCCUCCAGUCCUGAAACACUGAAGGAAUCGGCAGCCUCGGAGUAGAGGAGAAAAGUGUACCGGAUUUAUUUUUAAGAAUACUGCAUACUAUUGAAAUGUAUUUCUCUUCCCCAUUUUCUUAAAGUUUACUGUCCUUGACCAGAUUGAGAUAAGAUGAGACGUGUUAUGUGUUUAUUAGAUUUGGCAAUUGGAAAAACAUGUAUCAUUUUUUUCUAACAUCAGUGCAAGAUUUUACUUCUGUCAAACUUCCAAUUUGGUUGUAAGCUUUCAAUGAAAGUGAAAAUAGUACACAAUGUGAAUAAUUUGACUUUCUGUAGUUUGUAAGAAAAAAUAUCUACAAAAUCUGAAUGUUUAUGCUUUCCUUGAUCUAUGAACCUGUACUCAAGUGUGAAAAAUCCUUGAAAUAUCUUCUUGACUAUCCUUCCACUAGUAGAUAUAGGCCUUUAUGUUUAUUUUGGAUACCUCCUCUACAUCCAUUGACAUUUCAUAGGUGCUUUUGUGUAUUUUUAAUAUACUAUAAUCCAUCACUUUCUCUUUGAUAAUCUGUAUGUGUCUGUAGUUUGAUAGCAAGCCAAUGGAUUUGAAUCAUUGAGGGAGUUUGAUUCAAAUGAACCGCGGUGCACCGGGCUAUGGCCCGUCACGUGAACGGGCAAAAGCAGUGAUGGCGGAGCGCCCUUCUCAAAUCGAACAGUAGUCUGCGCCACUCGGUCAUGUUGUCAACAGGGCAGCAUGGUGCAUCCUCCAGAAACACGUUGCCAUAAAAUGUUUGAAUUUUCAAACUAGUUUUCAUUGGGAAGGCAGAUAAAGCGUUUUGAUCAAAAGCAAUCACCUUUUCAUUUGAAACCAGAAUCCUACUCAUUACUCCACUUGCUUAACCUACGUCACUUUUGUUUCGAGCCGACUUUGCCGUCAGCCAGAGUGGGGCACCUGGCUCA